AUGGCUGAGGAGGACAAGACGGUUGUGCUGGAUAUUAGCUCCGAUGAUGAUGCGGGUUGGGGCGGCGGCGGGGUGACUGCUUCCGGCGGUGACGGCGGAAUUGUUGGUUGUCGGGACGACGGCGAUUGGAUAUCGGAGCUCUUAGGUGAGGUUGAUAAAGGCAAAGAUGAUGAUGAUUCCGAUGAUGUGGUGGUGGUGGGUGAGGUUAUUGUCAAGCCUAAAUUGAGGGUUUCCAAGACUUUAGUCAAAUGUGGGAACAAGGUUCUUGAUGAUAAAGAAGACGAUGGUGAUGAUGAUGAUUGUGUCGUAUUAGAUGGGGACCCGGACAAGCCUCUCUCAAUUCAGAAAGACAAAGGGGGAGGAGAAGAAGAAGAAGAUUCCGAUGAUUUACUCGUUGUUAGCGAAAAGGGUCCGGUCGCAUGCAGAGAUUACCCUCAUGCCCGUCAUCUCUGUGUUAAAUUUCCGUUCAAUUCUACAGCACAUGAGAGCCAUUGUGACCAGUGCCAUUGCUAUGUUUGUGACUCACUCGCUCCAUGCCUACACUGGAGCUGUGGCAUAACUGCUAUUGAUCAUUGUCAUGCUAAUGAUAAAGAUGAUUUUUGGAAAAACCUGAGGAGAAGUGUGAAGAAAAGUAAUGGUACUUUACCUGUGGUUUCCAGGGCACCAGAAAUUUCUACCUCUGCUGGCCAGUCUCCACCAAGCCAGAUCUCUUUAUCACUGCGACCUGAACUUGUACAAAGAUAUACUACCCCAAAAAGCACAGUAUCCCCUAUAGCUCCACAAUUUGAAUAUUAUCCCAGAGACAAAUUUCAUCCCCAAGUGGUCUCCUAUCCGUUACAGUAUGCACGCAAGAAUCUUAAUCGUGGUGAUAGGAGACACAUUGGUGUCAAUGCAGGCUCUCAAGUCAUUUCACGGACACCUUUCAGAAGCAGCACAAUGACUUCAGGGGUGCCAACUGCAAAUCAGUACCGUAGUAAUUCAGUUAGAUAUACUUACACUAGACGUAAUCCUCACCCCGGGAUGCUUGGGCCAAGGUCGGUAGAUCCUCGUGCUGGAGUGACUCCUGUUCAUAAUGCUUACAAAGAUUCCUCUAGAGCUAAUGUUGGUGGUAUUGCUACUAAUUUAAUGCCCAAUAUAUCUGCUCAGACAAAUGUAGGAUCUGCAAAUUAUACCCCUAUUCAGCCUCAGAUUUUACCUCAAUCACAUGGGGGCAGCGGAAAUAAAAAUGCCGAUGGUCUUCUGCAUCAAGUGUCUCCUCAAAUGAAUGUCGGCAGCAACUUUAUUAGCCCAAUUGCACAGGCCACUGUGGGCAAUGGACCGAAUUGGGGGCAUACCUUUGAUAAUCCUUUUAUUUUUCAAUCUCAACAAACUCCCUCCCUGGAAAGAGCAAAAGUCUCUCAAACUUCUGGGCCUUUUCUCUCCCGGAGUACCACAUUCCCAAGCAACAUGGCCGACAUUUACAGCAGAUCUUUUCCAUCUCAGCCAAUUGCUGGGGAUGCUUUUGAGAAUUCAUUGGCUUAUCAAUCCCAAGUUUGCAGUUCGGCUACCUCUCCAUUAAAUGCUGGGGAACAUUUGUUGGUGCAAGGCAUUCAUAGUCAAAGUGCCAUGCAAUCAAGCUCUACAGAUGUACAUCAGGCGGAAGGUUGCAGUCAGGAUGUUUCUGGGGAGAUUUUAAUUUCACAAACUAAUAACGCUCAGAAUGUCAUGCAUGCAAACUCAGCAGAUGUAGACUAUGGCUUGGAUUUUCAGAGAAGUUCCAAGAAACAACCACCAGCUGUCAACCAGCUUCAGAAUGCAGUUCAGAGUGAUGAGCCAUAUGUGCCAUUAGAUGGGAAAGAAUCUGGUGGAGUAAAGAGGGUGCUAACCCAAACACCCAAGUGA